AUCGCGUGACAUUUGGCGGUCGGUGAAUACGUGAAUGAAGUGAUUUUUUUUUCGCAUACUUCAAAGUUGCGUGGGAAGGGGUUGUGAGGAGGGUGAGGUUCGUAAAGGUGGGAUGAAAGAGGGUGUGGGAGGGGUGGUCGGCCGGCGUGUUUUGAAUGUUGUAUAUGCAUGUAUAUGUGUGUGUAGUAUUGGCAAAAGCCGGGGGGUUGCGUUGGCGGUAUAUUGCGAGAGGGGUGGUGUAAGGAAGGUGAGGGUUGUUGGUUGUGUGUGUGUGUGUGUGGCAGGGUUAGAGGGUGCGAGGAUGGAAGGGACGAUGAUGAAGGAGGAGGUGGUGGAAUGAAGAGGUGGAGGCAUGCGCCUAGGCAGACGCCGCCGCCCCCAUCCAAAAAUCCAGCGCCAGCGCCGCCACAGCAUCCGCCGCCUCCGCCGCCGCCACCACCAACGUCGCCGUCGCCGCCCCCUGCCGGCGAGCUUUACAACCGCAGUAUGACCUGAAAUAUCGCGUACUCAGUUACGGUCGAUUUUACCUCUAUAAAACCCUUAAACUCGUUAUUAUGUGCUAAACUCACAUUCAGUGCAUAUCCGUUAAUUACAGUGCCAAAAAAUAUAUAUAAAUAAAAAUAAGUAGCAGCAGUUCUAUUCGAUACAUCAUCAUCACCAUCAUCAUCAUCGUGAGGGUAGGAAACGGUACGCGACACUAGCCGAGAUCCGCGAGAUUCAAGUCGACGACAGAGGAGUAACAAAACAUACACAUACUCAAACAUCAUACACAUAUUUAUAUAUGUGUGUGCUCAUAGAUUCAUACAUUCACAGUUAAACUUACACAGUUAUAUACGUACGCAGUGAGAAAGACUUGAAGAUCGAGAUGAAGAUGAUCGAAAUGCAUAAUUAGUCGAGCACGUUUUAUUUACAAAUUUCGAAGCCGGUAUUUUAGAGCAAUUUUAUCCUCCUUCUCAACCGCAUCCCCAUUCACAGCUCCCGUUCCCCCCUCGUUACAAUAAUACACCGAAGAUUGAUUUCCUGCAGCAUCUCGUACGUUCGAGGUGGUUGGUUCCUCUUUCCCGUUCAAAAUACACGAACACACAAAUAAAACAUGGGUGCUAAAGGGAGUGUUGAAGCAGGAAAGUUGAGUGUUCAAAAUUGGAAUAACAUCGAGCACAAACAGAAGGGUCUGCAUCAGAGAUCUCAGUCCUUGAACAGGGGCGCCCGUGGGCAAUGGGGUACUAGGGGUGCAGAAGGUGGUGACAUGUGGUGACAAAGGGGGCAGUGCCAGUGCCCUGCAGGAAUGGGUAACAAACUAGCUUGCUCCUGCACUCCGCUCAUCAGAAAAGCGUAUCGGUAUGAGGAUUCUCCGUGGCAAACAUCCAGACGAAGGGACGGACACCUCUUACGAUUAUGGGCGGAGGUAUUCCACGUAUCGGCAAGUGGAGCGGGCACAGUUAAAUGGCAACAAGUCAGCGAAGAUCUUGUCCCAGUCAACAUCACCUGUAUCCAGGACUCACCCGAAUGCGUAUUCCACAUAACAGCAUACAACUCUCAAGUGGAUAAAAUUCUGGACGUGAGACUGGUGCAGCCCGGUACUCGGAUCGGACAGGCCUCGGAAUGCUUCGUGUACUGGAAAGAUCCAAUGACCAACGACACUUGGGGUCUGAACUUUACGUCGCCGAUAGACGCAAAGCAGUUCCGGGAGUGCUGUUCGCCAUCCUUCAAGUUUUCGAGGAAAGCGUCCUCUUCGUAUUCGCUGAAGCUCGAACCUCCCAACAAGCAGAAGCUGAAGACGAAGAGGAAACCUCUAAGCACCCCGGCCUCUCCCAACAGAGCCAGAGAGCCCCAGUGCACCUGCAUGAGUGCAGAACAAUAUAACAGGCUGAGGACACAAGAUCCUAGACACAGAGGUUCUUCCACAUUACCUCGAGCUCAAACUAGAUCCACGGAUACCGAAUGCCGUACCGAUAAAGUAACCGCCGCCACCUCAUCAACUAGCCUUUACGAUAAUGUAAGCGCUACACAACCCGGAUCAGCUCAAGGAACUUUGCAAUUAAAUAGACAAACUAGAGACAGAGGUACUCAACAACAGACUCAAGAAACUAUGACCUCAACAACCCCGACAGGACCAAAAACUGGCACGACUUCGGUUGGAACACAAAACACAGCAACUUCCGAGACGAACCAAACUGAAACUCAAUCUCAAACGCAAUCGACUGAAUCUUCAAAAUCCGAAGGCACUCAGGCCGGAGGAACUCUACAAAAGGAUACCAAAUCUUCGUCGACCUCAACCCGCCAACCAUUGAGGGAUACACAUCACGUUCUUACCAACACCAAAUCCGUCGAUUAUUCCGAGAUUGACAUGGUUCGCGACGCAGAGCUACGUGCUGCUCACCAUCAUAACAUACUGAACAACAACAUCAGCAAGAGGAAUAAAUCGAAGAGCACCGAGGAUAUGAAUCGCGAGAACGGUAUGAGUCUGGAUAGUAACACUCUGAAGAGGAUGCUGAAGCCGAUGCCUAGCGUUGAGAGUCCGGUGACCUCCCCAGAAAUGGGCAGGAGGCGAUACAACUACUAUAAUAACCAUCAUAAUCGUUACAACGGCCGACACUCCGAGUCCGAAUCGGGUCAUCCGCAUCCGAGGUCCGCAAUGGCUCAUAAUUCCAGAUUCUCCGGAUCAAGGUCGUCCCAUGAAAUCGGUCGAGGAUAUCCUGGCCGGGGUCUCUAUUUGGAAUUGGAGCGGGGAUCGUGCGGCGACCUCUCGCCACCCUCCGACAACGUGCUCUUUGAUAACCAAUGUUAUGCAACUACGCCCAGUUCGAGCAACGGUAACUCUGAUCCAGAGUCUUCUCAUCACUACGGUAGACAUAGACACAUGCAUCCUCCGAAUCCCAAUCCAACGCCAACCCCCGGAUCACCGACGAGCCGUUUACUAUUAGAAUAUGAAAUGCACCUAAGGAAUACGCUUGCCAAAGGAAUGGAUGCCGAGAGCUACAGUCUUCACACUUUCGAGGCUUUGCUCACUCAGAGCAUGGAGAAUCUUGAAUUCGCCGAGAGUUUGCCCGGAUCCAAUCAACGCAGCCCGUACCCAUCGAGAAAAAGACCUGCUUCAAGUGCUUCCAUGAACAAGUCCUCCACAUUACCUCACAGACUGAAUCAAAGUAGAGACAGCAGAGACAGAGACGGGUACUAUAGUGAUAGGAAUGAGCUCAUUAGAGAAAGAGAGAAGGAAAGGGAACGCGAACGUGGUUACCUUAGUGACCAUAACUCGAGUUUCAGCUCGAGGUGCGCUUCGUGCAUUGGGGAGUCUAGCAGAGAGCAAUGGUUCCGGCAUUCGGACGGCUGGAGAUCCGGAAGUUCAACGUUCAGUUCCGCACAGGGGGGAGCUCCACCAGGACACAAAAGGUCCCCAUGGGAUUCGCUGCCAUCCCUCAGGCAAGACAGCAGCCUCAACGAUAGCGGAUACAAGAGCAACCGUGCCGACUCCUUUGAGCAAAGGGGCAUGUUUGAUAGGCAGGACAGCCUGAGAUCCGAUUACAUGAGCGAUCGCGAAUCCAAUCGUUACGGCAUCGUCCAGCAGGCUUCCAUCGAAAGCGCCGACUCCAGGUUAUGCUACCUGACUUCCUCCGAGAUUUCGGAUGACGAUCGCAUGUCGCUGACAACCGCCGUUUCUGAUGAGGAUGACGGCGAGAGCGUCAUGAAUUCCCCGUACAAGGCUAAGCAGACGGGAACAGCUGCAGCUUCCUUCAAUUGCACAGGAGCAGUCAGGAAAGCUGG